GAUUGUAGUUUAGUUUCGUUAUCGGCAAAGGCUGCCAGCAAAUGUAGAAAAGGCCGCAGCGAUCAUUGCUGCUGGCGCUAUGGGCUACUGCCGUUUCUUCUGCAGCAGCUGCUAACUGAAUGCGAGUGUGUCAUGCUGGACGAGUUUGUUGCGCGCAGUUGCAGCGGCCAACCGCGGACGGGCUGCAUAGCGCGCCCCGUGUUUCUCAUGGCAGGUAUUCGGACGAGUCUGAGAACAUGAGAAACUUUUCCCGGACGUGACGGGGGGACCGCUCUUUGACCGUCUUGAAGCCCGCACCAAUCGAAACUGUAUAAUCUGCACUCUGGACCUGUGUGAUUGGGUGGACGACGAUUGCGGAAUUCGUUUUCUUUGACGCCAGUGCCUCUGCAUAUCAAGGGUAACUAGAACAGUGUCUGCCAUGCCUCCAGAAAGCACUCCAGCCAACAAAAUGCUCCGAGAUUUCCAGGUGUACAUCCUGACAUGGAAUGUAGUCUGUCGAGCACCAAUCGCAGACCUCCGCAGUGCCUUGGGCCUAGAGCCUCCCAUAAUUCCAGAGGCAUUGCCAGACAUGUACGCCAUUGGGUUCCAGGAGGUGAGUGCGAGACCUCAGCACCUCCUGUCUCAAGCCUUUUUUGAAGAGCCCUGGAUUCAAGCCAUCAGGAAUGCCCUGCACAAGUACAGUUAUGUCAAGGUGAAGCAUGUGCGCCUACAGGGCCUCAUCUUGACCAUCUUUACCAAGCGCGAGCACCUGAUCCAGUUGCGGGGCAUCCAGUCCACAUACACUAGGACUGGCCUUGGAGGUGUCUGGGGCAACAAAGGCGGAGUGACGAUACGGCUUUGUGUCUACGGUUGCUCCAUUUGUUUUGUCAACAGCCAUCUGGCUGCUCACGAGAGUGAAACAUUCCAACGGAUAAAUGAGUAUAACACAAUAAUUGAGAAGCAAAGGUUUUUUGACACCCAGGCAACAAACAUUUUGACGCACGACUACACGUUUUGGUUCGGGGACCUGAACUUCCGUGUGGAUGACUGCACCCUGGAAGAAAUGAAGGCUUCUAUUGAGAACAACACCUAUGCCCAGAUGCUGCCGAAAGACCAGCUGAACCGCGUGCGCAGCAAAGGUGAAGCCUUCCACGAGUUCUGCGAAAACGACAUUACCUUCGCACCAACCUACAAGUUCCAGAUUGACCGCAUGGGCUACAACUUCAGCCAGCGCAAGCCGGCCUGGACUGACAGGAUUCUCUACCGCUUCACCAAGAACGCCUACGAGAAUGUGACCCUUGAUCUAAAGCAGCACCAGUAUGUCAGCCAUGACCUGUACAUCCAGAGUGACCACAAGCCUGUGUCUGCUUUCUUCACUCUGAAGGUGUUUGCCAAGCCUGAGCAGCCAGUCAUCUACUUUCUUCCUGUGGGUACCUGGAUCAUCAAUCAGGACAGUUUUGCCUGGUACUACACAAGUGCGGACACCGAACUCAAGUCCUGGGAUUGGAUCGGCCUCUACAGGGAAAACUUCAGUAGCCUGGAGGACCACCUAGGCUACGUGUGGGCAUCAACACGUCCCACGGAUGUCUAUCCCACCCACCUGCGAACACGGCGCAGCCGAUCGCACUCUCGAGCCAGCCAGUCGCGACAUGCCUCUGCAGCGCCUGGUGCAGCCUCUGGUGCAGCUCCUGGUGCAGCCACAGGUGCACCCACAGGGGCUGCACCCACAGGUGCAGCCACAAGUGCACCCACAGGGGCUGCACCCGCAGGUGCAGCCGCUGGUGCAGCUACAGGUGCAGCCACAAGUGCAGCCACAAGUGCAGCCACAAGUGCAGCCACAAGUGCAGCCACUGGUGCAGCCACUGGUGCAGCCACUGGUGCAGUCGCUGGUGCAGUCGCUGGUGUAGCUAGUGGUGCAGCUAGUGGUGCAGGCACCAACUCAGCUGCUGGGACCCCAAGUAAGGCCUCACGUCGCACCAACAAGUCGCCGGCUGAGACAGAAAAUGCGGCACGCUCCCAGUCUUGGCCACGCAACUCGGCUGACGAGCCAGGCAAUCCCGAGCCCAAUUCGGAAGGACGGCAGAAUCGGCCGUCACGGUCAUCCUCCACCGUGCCCGCCGCGACUCCGCCCGGCGACAGCUCUGCCGCAGCAGAGCAGGCGAGGCAAGGAAGCAGUGCCACCAGGAAGCGCGGGGAAGCCACGGUCAGCUGGAGGCCUCCGUCGAGCCAGCAGCAGUCCCCACCGCGCGUUUCGCCAAGCGACAGCCUCGUCGAGGGCGGCAGCGUGCAUGCCGACACACCUCCCGAGAUUGGCAAUGCAACGCCGGUGGAAGGAAGAAGCUGCUCGGAGCAGGGUGACGAUGCCAUCGAGGAUCCCGGUCGGCGUUCAUCAGUAGGAGCGUUGGCCACAGCCGGUCGCACGGACAGCACCGCGGGACAGGACGCCGUUCCCAAGCCGCAGAAGCCAUCACCAUCCGAACGCGUCUUCUACAGGGUGCUUUUUGGCGACCAGACGCUGCUGGUGUCGGGCAGGUACCGACUGGUCUAUCUGCGCGGCCAGUCUGAUGUGCUCGGCAUGAGCGAGCCCUUCAAGAUUAAGGCAGCUGUCAGCUGAAGACUUCACAUGGGUGGCUGCCACUCCUAAUGUAAAUAGGAUUAGCAAUAGACUGAUUGCGGUACGAUUAGUGUAUGUUAAUGUUAAUAAUCGUCAAAUAUAAUUCGCGGACAAGACCAUCUCCACUGGUAAUGACUGGCGGAAGAGAACUCCGGUUAGAAUCAUGCAUCUCAUGACAACCUGUGCUUUGCACCGAACUGGUAUAUACUCUGCGACAGCUGUGCUCUUUGAUAAAACUAUGCACGGCUAUCGGCACGCACAGGGAGGUCGCAUAUGCAACACCUUGUUCAUAAAGACUCGCUACUGUCAUGUAGAGGUGUGUUACCCCCUUUCAAUUUUUUUCUAUGGGAACCACUCAGCUUAGACAGAAAGGUUAUAUUUUCGUACACUACAGCUGUCUGCUCCUCAUGUGUUAUUAGCUUAUGCUACUGAUGUCCACAUUCAAUGUUGGAUUUGAGGCCUUCUGUGAACUGUUGUUUGCAUUGACCUACACGCAAAAAAUCUUAAAUUUGAGCCAGUGUAGUGUAGUAUUGUUGAAGCAUCAAACGACCGAAUUUUUUUAUAUAUAAUUUAGUUGUUAGUAGAAGUAUGGUACUUAGUCGUGACCCAGGAGUUCUUGUGAUACCAAUCCCAACAGUUAUUGUGAUAUCGAUCAAGCUCACUCUGCUGUGCCUUGAGCACAGGUUGCAGGCUAGGGAAAGCAAGUGGCAAGAGUUGGGUUUUCGUGGCCAGAAGUACGAAAGAAGCGCAAUGCUUACAUUUACCUGUAGGCUGUUUGUUCAAUGUAUGGAUACUCGAUCUCCCUUUGCAUUUAUUCAUUCCAUGAUGUUGUUUCGGAGGACAUAUGUAUUAACUGCGGUACAAACGGUUAUUUCUUAGUGCGAAGCACGUGCAAUAUUCCUCUUUCGCAAGGUAUUGUUUUUCCUUGUUCAAGAAAAUAAAGCAAGCAAGCGAAAAUGU